AUGAAGCCAUUCAAAGGUGUUCCUGGUAGACGCUGCAAGCGCAAGUCAAUGUGCACAAAGGUUGAAGUCAAGCAAGAGCCUGGUAUUAAAGAAGAGCCCGCCAAUGAUGAAGGUGUAAUUAACACACCUCGGCCGAGAGUUGAUGGAAGAUAUCGUGCGAAUUACGAAGGACCGGUUGACUUUGACUAUGACUUCGAUGUGUUAAAAGAUGAAAUCAAAGAAGAAGAAGAAAAGACGGUCAAGGAAAAGAACAAGAGGGCACAUCGUGAACAAUCGAAUGAGAGCGAUGCUGCCAAUAAUGAUAACAACGAAGAGCCCAUGGGUGACGCAAUCGAUGUUCAACCACCGAAACCAGUCGACAGUGAGAGGAAGCGGAGUGGAAGCUCCAGAAGGCAAAACAAACGAACCAUUCCCAGGAAUCAAGCGAGCAAAAAGCGAAAGAAGCACAAAUGCCAUGUGUGCAAUCAUUUGGCACGUGACAAGUCUAACCUCAAAGUACACUUACGAAUUCACACUGGAGAAAAGCCGCAUAGGUGCGAAGUUUUCUCAAAGUCCUUUGCACGAAAAGGUGAUUUGAACGUUCAUAAGAGAUUGCAUGGUCCGAAGCCUCAGUUUCGUUGUUCGAAAUGUUAUCAAGGAUUUGAGCAAGAAUCAGUCAAGAUCGAACAUGAACGGUUAUGUAAUUCACGCCAAUUCGAAUGCGAUAUUUGCGGAUAUCAUACUGUGAUGAAAUCCAGUUUGACAGUUCAUAUGCGGACUCACACAGGGGAGAAGCCGUUCGAGUGCUCAAUUUGUUCCAAAUCAUUCACAACCAACACACAACUCCAAGGACAUUCAAUGACUCACAAAGAUGAACUGCCGAAUGCUUGUUCGAAAUGUGGUCGACGAUUCGCCACACCAGACGAUAAGCAAACACACGAAAUGCGUUGCCAGCGAAGUCUUUUCGCAUGUAAUCAGUGUCAUUACAAAACUGUUAGCAACCAAAAUUUGAAGCGGCACAUGCAAUCAAAACACGGAGCAAAAAGAUCGAUCGAAUGUGAAAUUUGCAACAAGAAGUUCAUCCAGCAGAUAAGAUUGAAUCUGCAUUUGUCUACAGCACACAACGACCAGUUCCCAUUCCAAUGCUCCAAGUGCUUCGGAGGAUACGCAAGCGAAGAUGCAAAAGAAGCUCAUGAAGACAGCUGUGGCUACCGUCAGUAUCAAUGCCAUUUGUGCAACGAGCGUUGUCGAGACAAACAAAAAUUGAAGUAUCAUUUGCGCAAAGAUCACACCGGAGAGCGGAUUCAAUGCGAAGUGUGCUCAGCAAGCUUUACCCACAAGGGCAAUGCCGAGCAACACAUGAAAACAGUUCACCAUUUGAAAAAGAAAUAA